GGAGGAGGCAGGUCAUCGAGAGCAGCUAUGGCUACAUAAUGUUUUCAAGUCCUCGAGCAUUCACUGAGCAUCUACUAUAUACAAGAUGAACAUCUGCAACAAGCCCUCCAACAAGACAGCCCCUGAGAAGAGUGUGUGGACAGCGCCUUCCCAGGACAGCGGCCCUUCCCCAGAAGCGCAGGGCCAGCGGUCUCGCCGGAAUGGAUGGAGCUGGCCUCCUCAUCCACUCCAGAUCGUGGCCUGGCUGCUCUACCUCUUCUUCGCAGUGAUUGGCUUUGGGGUUCUUGUUCCCCUCCUGCCUCACCCCUGGGUGCCUGCUGGCUAUGCUUGCAUGGGUGCCAUCUUUGCUGGCCACCUUGUGGUGCACCUGACUGCUGUCUCCAUCGAUCCAGCAGAUGCCAAUGUGCGGGACAAGAGCUAUUCUGGGCCCCUGCCUAUCUUCAACCGCAGCCAGCAUGCACACGUCAUUGAAGACCUGCACUGCAACCUGUGCGACGUGGAUGUGAGUGCGCGAUCCAAACACUGCAGCGCCUGUAACAAGUGCGUAUGCGGCUUCGACCAUCAUUGCAAAUGGCUCAACAACUGCGUGGGCGAGAGGAACUACCGCCUCUUUCUACACAGUGUGGCAUCUGCUUUAUUGGGUGUUCUGCUCCUGGUGCUGGUGGCCACGUAUGUCUUCGUGGAGUUCUUUGUCAACCCCAUGCGGCUUCGUACCAACCAACACUUUGAAGUCUUGAAGAAUCACACAGAUGUGUGGUUUGUGUUCUUGCCUGCUGCCCCUGUGGAGACCCAGGCUCCUGCCAUCCUGGCCCUGGCUGCCCUCCUCAUCCUUCUAGGCCUGCUUUCUACAGCCCUGCUUGGCCACCUGCUCUGCUUCCACAUUUAUUUAAUGUGGCACAAGCUUACCACCUAUGAGUACAUCGUACAGCACCGCCCAGCUCAGGAAGCAAAGGAGACCCACAAGGAGCUUGAGUCAUGCCCCCGCAAGAUGCGGCCCCUACAGGAGAUGGAGUUUUACAUGAGGACCUUCAGCCAUGUGCGUCCAGAGCCCUCUGGCCAGGCCAGGCCCGCAGCAUUAAAUGCCAAUCCUUCCCAGUUUCUUGCCACCCAAGGCCAAGUGGAACCACCACUGCCCUCCUCCUCCUCAGACACACUGGCUCUGCCUCCACGGAUGCAACCCCAGAAAAAGAGGAAGCGGCGUGUGUAUCGAUUGCCGAGGUCUGGGGUCUUGGACCGGGAGCUCCCGCUGCCCAGGUUACGAGAGACUGGGACCCCUGGCCACCACUCCAGCUCUUCAUCGGAUUCCACCAAUGCCAGUCCGGUGCAUGCGGCUGGCUCUGCAGGCGCUUACUACUCAGCAUCAGCCGAGUCCAUGGAAGAGAUUCCAGUGGCCCAGACACGCCUGGGCAGUGCUGCGCUGGGCGCCCCAGGAGCCAGGGGCCGAGAGUCUGGGCUUGUGGUACAGACACGCUCGCCGGCCGUUUUUGUGAGCCCGAGCAGCGGCGAGCCCGGGGCACCUGGCGGCGGUGAAGAUGGCCUGCCUUAGUGUGAACUAGAGGCAGGAGGGCCGUGUAGGAACGGCCGGCCCGACUCUAUGCAACACCCCAUCUUCGCCGCACCGAGUGCAUUUUAGGGGGCUCAAGGCCGGCGGGAUCGGCCUCCCUUGCCCAAGACUCAGCAAUAUCCGCUCCACCAGCUCUGAUGCUCCAAUAAACUUUUUUAUGCUUUUG